CUGUGCAUGUACAUGCAUCUGUCUAAUUGAAGGGUUCUAUCUUUUGAAAAGUCGAUUUUUACACAAAUUUUACAUAAUCAAUUCCUCCACAAUCUAAAAAAGAAGUUAAAUUUUUUUAUUUUAUUUAAAAAUGUUUUUAGAAUCACUUAAAAAAUAUAUAGAAAAUUAAGUUUUGAGUGUAAAUGUAUUCCUUAGAUGAUUGCGGUGAAUUUUAUGUAAAAUCGUUUGUUGUCGGAUUUAAAAAGAAGAAAAAAUGUUUGCGAAUUGGUAUUCCAAUCUAAGUAAUCGCACGGUAGCGAUUAUAUUUUUAGUUUGCAUAUCUGUUUUAUAUGUUUCAUAUACAUUUAAUUCGUGUUUAAUGCCACGUAUAAAUCGAUCUUUUAAAAGGCAUUCGUUUCAAAGCUCUGUGGAAAGUGUAAUGUCUCCAGUUGUUAUGACAGAACCACCGGAAAUAAAAAUCCUAGGAUCUAUUGUUCGAAUAGUACCAUUGAUGUACAACUAUACGGAAAUAGAUGGCUCACCUAAGUACAGAUUUCUUCGACAACAAGGAUUGCGACCGUCACGCCAUUUGCCGGAUACUCUUAUAAUUGGUGUGAAAAAGAGUGGAACUCGUGCACUAUUGGAAUUUAUCCGGCUACAUCCAGAUGUGCGAGCUGCUGGGUGUGAGGUUCAUUUUUUCGAUAGACAUUAUAAUCGAGGUCUGCAUUGGUAUCGCCAUCAUAUGCCAUACACUAUAGAGGGGCAAAUUACAAUGGAAAAGUCACCCAGUUACUUUGUCACCAAGGAGGUGCCUCAAAGAGUACAUCAUAUGAAUCCUAGCACAAAACUUCUUGUUGUUGUUCGAGAUCCUGUGACUCGUGCUAUUUCGGACUACACCCAAGCGGCGAGUAAAAAAACUGAUAUGAAAAAAUUCGAACAAUUGGCUUUUAUGAACGGAUCAUUUGAAGUCGUUGACACAACAUGGAGUCCAGUCAAAAUCGGAGUCUAUUCAAAACAUCUCGAAAAAUGGCUACAAUAUUUUCCACUAUCACAAUUACUUUUUAUUAGUGGGGAAAGGCUGAUUGUAGAUCCAGCUUUUGAAAUUGGUCGUGUUCAAGAUUUUCUUGGACUAAAACGGGUUGUAACAGAAAAACAUUUUUAUUUUAAUUCAACAAAAGGAUUUCCAUGUUUAUUUAAAUCCGAAGCUAAAUCAACACCACAUUGUUUAGGCAAGACUAAGGGGCGAAACCAUCCAUUUAUAGAUCCAGCUGCAAUUGAAAGACUAAGAGAAUUCUAUAGACCAUUUAAUAAUAAAUUUUAUCAAAUGACAAAUAUUAAUUUUGGAUGGCCGUAAAUAUUUUAGAGUUCUUAAGAUUUAUAUAGUAUAGGAAUAUUAACAUAGGCUUUUUACUUUAAAAAAAACUUAUCUUUAUAUAUUAUAUAAAACAAUAGGUUAUAAUUAUUAUUGUACAACUUUUAAACGUUAUAAAUGAUCGUAUCGAUUAUUAUCUAUUGGCAGAUUUGUAUAGUAUUGAGUUUUUAGUAUUUCAAUUUUUUAUGAAAACCCUUUGAGUAAGCGAGUAGUACCUAUGAAAAACUUAUAUGAAUCUAUAUCUGUAUAUUAAUCCGAUAUGUACCUAUAUAUUUUCAAACUUUUUUUUGAAGACAUAUUGAACUUGCUAGUUCCUAACUUAAUUGUUUAUUAUCUUGUUCUGUUUUUAAGUUAUCAUUUUCAUAGGAAUAUAUAGAAAAAGUCGUUUUGAAAAUUAAUAUUAAUUUAUAUUUAUGUCAUAUCAAUGAUGCUGCAUUUAAAAAUUAAGUUAAGUAUAAAAUGUAACUAAUCAGUAUUUUUUUUUAAAGAAGAACAAUUUUAGUAGUUCAUAUAAAAACAUAUUAAAGUUUUAAGUUAAUGCAUUUAUUGACUUUAUUCUAAUUUUAAGUAAAUUUGUAUUUAACUUUAGAAGAAUGGUUAUAUUUUGGUGAACAUUUUAAAAUAGUUAGCGACAUCGAUUGAUUAUUAUGAGUUAAUUGUUUUUGAUUUCUAUUCACAAAUUUUGAUCACCAAAAUAUAUGUAACUACAUUUGUUUUUUUUUAUUUAUCAUAUUCAUAAAUAAUUUGUAUAGGUAGAUGCCUUCACAAUUUUCCGUGUGUCCUAAAUUUCUAAUAAGGUAAUCUUAAAAUGCACCAAAUGCAUGUAUGUAAAAAUAACAUGAUAAAAAGAAAACUAUCUUCCAUAACAAAGAAGUCUUUGACUCAUAUUACGCUCAAAUGCACAAUUUUGAUUAAUUAUAUUUAAUAAAAUAAAAUUUA